AUGAUGAUUGUGCACGAGAUGCUGCACCCGUCGAGCAGCAGCGGAACGCACUACUGCCUGCCCGGCUGCAAGCGCGGCCGCGUCGACGACGGCUCCCUGAUGGUGGCUUGCGACGUGUGCGACAACUGGCUCCACCUCGGCUGCCUGCCUCCCGCGCAGCAGCCGUCGACGGACGACUCAUUCGUCUGCCCUCUCUGCGUCGAGGCCAAGGCGGACGUCUACCUGCAGUCGGAGGACAUGGCGAUGCUGUCGGACGCGUUGGCGGGGAG